GGGAGAGAGAGAUGUCUCUUAAAUAGCCAAGUGCACUUUGGGAAGAAUUUGGGAGCAGUGAGACCAGGCUUCAGGGUCAGAAACAGUAGCCCCAGAUCCAGGAGCCAAUGAGCGUGUCCAUCAUUUUCCUCAGUGGUGUAUCCAUGUCCAGGCUGCUGCUGCUGCCCACCUACUCUGUGUGCAGAAUUACACCGGUCCCAGUUGUGUUGUGUGAGCAUGCGUAUGACAACAAAACACACAUGUGGACCAAAGGCUGAGAGUCCGGGACCCAAAAUCCUCUCUGCACGGGUCAAUUAAGUUGCAUCUGCAGAAAAGAUGACAUCGGCCACACCCCCUUCCUCUCGUAGCUCCUCCCCUCAGAAAGUUUGCCAUUCCCAGACUCAAACAGAUGUUUUGAAGCCGCUCCUGGGCGGUGGGAUUUCCGGCGGAGGAGGGACCCUUAGAAGAAGGCGCGUCCUGUCCAAAGAUGGCCGAAGCAACAUCCGCAUUGAGCACGUCAGCGGCCGGAGCGCCCUGUACAUGCGUGACCUCUGGACCACGUUUGUGGACAUGCAGUGGCGCUACAAGUUCUUCCUGUUCACAGCCACGUUUGCAGGGACCUGGUUCCUGUUCGGGGUCUUGUGGUACCUGGUCGCACUGGUGCAUGGAGACUUGCUUGAGUUUGACCCCCCCUCCAACCACACACCCUGUGUGAUGCAGAUGCAGACUCUGACAGGAGCCUUCCUUUUCUCCCUGGAGUCCCAGACCACCAUUGGCUAUGGUUUCCGUUGCAUCACAGAGGAAUGUCCAGCUGCCAUCAUCCUCCUUAUUAUCCAGCUGGUCAUCACUAUGCUGAUGGAGAUCUUCAUCACUGGGACCUUCCUGGCCAAGGUACCGCACGACCUGUUUGCUCGGCCAAAGAAGCGAGGUGAGACAGUGAAGUUUAGUCAGCAUGCUGUGGUGUCAACCCAUGAAGCGCCCUGCCUGAUGAUCAAGGUGGCUAACAUGCGCAAAAGUCUUCUGCUUGGCUGUCAGGUUACAGGAAAACUACUUCAGACGUCUCUGACCAAGGAAGGGGAGACAGUUCGUCUGGACCAGAGGAACGUGCCUUUCCAGGUGGACACGUCCAGUGACAGCCCCUUCCUCAUUCUGCCCCUCACCUUCUACCACGUCAUCGAUGACACCAGCCCCCUGAGAGCCUGGGCAGCCAAGGGGGGCGGUUGGACUGAUCCAGAAUUGGCCGACUUUGAGCUGUUGGUCAUCAUGAGCGCCACAGUGGAGCCGACCUCAGCGACCUGCCAGGUUCGGACCUCCUACCUGCCCGAUGAGAUCCUCUGGGGAUAUGAGUUCCCUCCGGUGGUCUCUCUUUCACCGUCUGGAAAAUAUGUAGCGGACUUUGCCUUCUUUGAUAAAGUAGCCAAGACCAAGACCACACCCAUCUUCAAUCAGCCAUCCAGCCCCCAGCAUGGUUACCAGAGUAACGGGGGCGGGACUGUACCAGAGGUGUCCGACCCGGAGAAGAUCCGAUUGGAGCAGAGCUACAGGGAGAGGGGGGAGGACCGUGGGCGGGCCAGAGACACCCCCCUCAGUGUUCGCAUCAGCAACGUCUGAAAACCUCAACUGGGUUCGACAGAGUAACCUACAGGAGACCGCCAAGGACAUUUAACCAUCAUAUCAAAGCAGUUCUGGAGAACGCCUUAGACUGUUUUUGGGUUUUUUUGGUCUAAUAAGAACCAAAUGAUACAGGAAGCACGUAGUUACUGUAAAGACAAAGUAUGUUAUUAUCAUGUUUGUUUGUUAUGGGUUUUUUAGAUUCAGAGGGGAAGUAACUAAGAACAAAUACUUUGUUACUGUACUUAAGUAGCGUUUAUAGGAAAAUGUACUUUAUUUAUUUUUCUGCCAACUUCUACUACAUUUGAACAAAAAUAUCGGUACUAUCUACUACAUUUUUAAGACAGCCUGUUAAUUUAGUUUAGAUGCCUUAGGAGUGCAUAACUGCGCACAUGUGAUGAACAUAACAAGACAAAAUCAUUGUAACAGGAUGAUAACAUAAAUGAUGAAAACUAAAGAUGAAACCAGACAAGAACGACAUAAAAGAUGCAAGACGGUAACAGGAACAACAAAAUGAAAGAUGUAACAAGAUGAAAAUAUUGCAAAAGAUGAAAAUGAGAA